AUGUCUGUCGAAGUCGCACCAUUCCCCCUCGCACCCUCUGGUGAUGCUGCCAAAAUGAAAGACUUUGGAAGAGUCGUCAAGGAUGUGCAUCCCGGCAAACUUACUCCAGAGCAGCUCGAGGAAGUCAAAGAGCUCCUCUACAAGCACGGCGCACUCCUCUUUCCCAACGUCGUUGUAACUCCUGAGGAACAAUAUGCCUUGACCAAGGUAAGCCCAGUGCAACUGCUCUCCCUUGUUCCACAGGAUCUCCGCCUGACUAACGUCAUCCUUCAGGCCUUUGACCCCUCCUCUGAGAACUAUGGACAUGGCAAUAACAAGACCGGAAAUACACAGAAGUCGAUCCUCCACCCGGAUCUCAAGACCAUCCCACGUGUCCCCCAGGUUCAGCUCAUCGGCAAUGGCACCGUCUACGACCACGAAGGGCUCGCAGAGGCCAAGCUCAAGCAUCCUCAUCACAAGACCUUCCAUGCUGAUGUCGUAUCCGAGGAAGACGAGAAAAAGGGUGUUACCAGAUUCUACCGCUGGCACAUUGAUGCUGCUCUCUACGACCUUGAUCCGCCCAAAGUCACGACCCUCUAUGGACUCAAGGUCCCUGGGGGCUCGCCCCAGGUCGUUCGGUAUGAUGACGGAACAGGAGACGAGCUAAAGGUUCCAUUGGGGACGACGGCAUUCGUAUGUGGCGCCACCAUGUUCGAUAUCCUUCCUCCCGAACUCAAGUCUGUCGCCGUCCGUGCCAAAGUCCGUUAUGCUCCUCAUCCAUAUGUCUGGAUGGCACCCGCACGCUCCAACACCCUUGGACUCGGAUUGUUGACGGAGAACAAGGAGCUUCCUCUCUCAGAGCUCCCUGAGUGGAGUGAAGAGAAGGUCAAGCUGUGGAAGAACCCCGUUACUGGCAAAUUGCACUACCAAGUUCACCCAUCAGGAGCAUUUGCCAUCGAGAUCGCUCCUCUUCCGGAGAAGGCAUCUAAGGAGGGCGCACUCUACCCCGAUGGAGCCAACAUCACUGAUCUGAAGGAGGUUCGUGAUUUGCUCUACAAGAUGCAGCGACCGGGCAUUGCGCCCCCUCUCGUGAAAGAAAAUGACUUUGUCCUCUUUCACAACCGCGGUGUCUUGCACACCGUCGUUGGUGCCUUUACUCCGGACCAAGUCCGUGCAUUCCAUCAGCCAGUUGGUCCAACGGAAGAAGACGUUCUCCAAUAUGCUUAG